CUCAAUCGCAAUUCCUCGUUUCCUGAGCGUUCACGACCUCGACACCAUGAGUCUCGCGUCAGGCAAACCGUCAGCCAGACACCCUCUACUUGUUGCAUACCUCGCACAGCUCACUGCCAAUCCCCUGCGGACCAAAGCUCUCACCACAGGCAUCCUCUGUUUCCUUCAAGAAGUGCUCGCGUCUCACUUCGCCGGAGUACCAGCACAGCGUCUGUCCAAGGAAAGCCCACUGUACUACCAUGCCCUUGCCCGCGCCAGGGUCGAUACAAAGGCGCUGAAAAUGGGGUUGUAUGGUCUUCUCGUGUCCGCGCCGCUCGGGCAUGUCCUCAUUGGAGCCUUGCAGCGCGCAUUUGCGGGCAAGACUGGGCGUGCAGCCAGGUUAGGCCAGAUCCUGUCGAGUAACCUGUUCAUUGCACCCAUUCAGACUGCUGUGUAUUUGGCGUCAAUGGCUGUGGUCAACGGCGCAAAGUCGGUUGAUGAGAUCGUCAAGACUGUGAAGGGCGGAUUUUUCUCUGUCAUUCGGGUGAUGUGGGUCAGCUCACCUUUGUCAAUCAUCUUCGCUCAAACAUUCCUCGCCCCGGAGCUCUGGGUGCCUUUCUUUAAUCUCGUCGGCUUUACCAUGGGUACGUACUUCAAUACCCGCGUUAAGCAAAUUCGGCUCGCGGUCGAAAAGAAACAGAAGAAAGAUGAACAGGACAAGUAAUCAUGCCAUCGUGAUUUAUGUAUUACAUAUAGGAGCAUCUCUGUAAUCUUGUGAUACGUUUGCUGUGUUUUAUGUUCAUAACCCACAUUGAUAGUCAACCUU